AUGAAGCUUCCCUAUCUCGCCGCCCUCCUGCUGGCAAUGCUGGCUUUGCUGGUCUCUUCAGCUCCCACCAUUGCACCCACUUCCAUUACCAUCGCUUCCUCUGUCGCCGACUCCAAGGUCCCAGGCAACUUCCAGCUUCGGGACGGCUUUCUCGUAGCUGCACGUCACCCAGACGCCCAUUCCGUCGAGGACGAAGCCCAGCUGGCUGAACGCGGAGUGACGCCAGUGAAGCGAAUUCCUCCAUCCUUCUUCAAGUUCAUCCCCAGCCGUGAAUGUUGGAACUGCGUUGUAGCCCACGGGGCCAUACAGGGUAUCAAACGCCCCAUGUGGGGAUGGAAUGAGAAUAGGGACAAUCCUUGGUGGACCCGUGGGGGAAUUCCCAACAGCUUGAUCCCCGCGCUCAACACCGGAGCAACAGCCUUCGAGACGCCCCAAGGACGCCAAAGAUGCGAAGCGCACAUAGUACUCACGGUUGCCAAACUUGGGCCAGAACCCUAUGCCGAUUACCUGGCCACCACGAACAAGCUCGGCGUGUCCAAGACAAACGGCUUGUUCCAGAGGGUGCUGAAGCACCUCAAGCCAGCCCUCGAAGCUGGCAUGUACUGCGUCCAGUACGCCGAAAUGGAGAACUUCUCGCUCGAUACGUACCCAGCGAGGAUCAAUACGCUCAAGAAGCUGGAGUACAUAUUGGCAGAUGAGUAG